UCUCGUGCUGCAGCUGCUCCUGCUGCUGCUGCCGCCGGUGGUGGUGGUGGUGGUGGUCAGGUCAAUCGCGGGAGCCCGACGGGCCCGGGCCACGGGAGCAAGCGAAUGAACUGCGAAGCCUUUGCCUUUGCCUUUUCCAAAGUUCCCUGCGUGCGUUGAGCUGGUCGGGCUGCACCUGCAUCUGCAGCGAGCGAGCGAGAUUUCGCGUUCCGCGCUUCGUUCUCUUUCUUGCGCAAUAGUCGCGCUUUGUCCCCUCUCUCGUCAUAGCCCUAAAUCGACUACGGAUCCUCGACGUCAUUAUUAGCUCAACGCCGAAUUUAGGACGCUGAAGUGCAUGAGAGCACGAACUCCAGCCCUAAUCCUCAUCAACUCGAAGCUGACCUGCGGAGUGUUUCGAGUGCCUUCUCGCCCGCACUCUGGCCUCUGACCCGCUGCUCCGUGGACGGGCUUCUGCCGCAGACGUCGGUGGUGGUCAGGGAGGUCGACCGACUCGCACUCACGAGUGCGAGUCUUCGAUCUUGUGAUUUUUUUGUGUCAUUCGUUUGACCGAGAGAAUGGAGGCUUGCGAGAAGGCUGGCGAUUUCUCGCCGGCGGAUUUGUGAUUGAGAGCUCUGUAUUGUCGGCUAGACAUUCUGUGUUACGUAUGACGUGCAGCGAGUAGCCGCUCCGGGAGCUGAGCGUUUUGUGGCGUCGACGUUCGAUGUUUGGCUUGGUUGGAAAGCAAUUGCGAGGCGGCAGUGCUUGACGUACUGUGGGCUUGCGUGCCACAAUGUAUCAUCCCUCGCGCGGUGGUGUUCGAGGCGGGCGUGAUCAAUUCAACUGGGAUGAUGUGAAGGGAGAUAAACACCGUGAGAACUACCUGGGACACAGCGUCAAGGCUCCUGUUGGAAGAUGGCAGAAAGGAAAGGACUUGUACUGGUAUACCAAGGAUCAUGCAUCAGACGGAGCUACGAAGGACGAGAUAAAAAGGAUACAGGAGGAAGAGGAAGAUGCAAUGAAGGAAAUGCUUGGCUUGGCCCCUCGCAAAAACAAGCGGCCACAGACCAGCCAAUUAGAUAAGCGAGAAGUGGAGGACCUCCUGAAAAAAGGGAAGAGUGGAGAAGAGCUAGCCCCAUCUUAUGUUGAUGGAGAACGAGUACAAGGCCUUGGAUUUGCACCAGCACCUGGACAAACAGAUGGGCAAGCAGGAGUUAAGCGGACAGUUCAGGUUAAAGAAAAUGAUGAAAACGUCGCUUUUCCCUCUGUGCAAAUUACUCAGGAGCCCUUCAGGAAAGAAGUUGAGAAGGCUGUAGCUAAAGACAUCUUGGAAACCUCAGAGGACAUACCAGCUGUUGCUGGACCCCCGAGCAGGCAUGACGGUUCUGAAAGGUCUGAAGAUGAAGGAGCUGCACGGAAGAAGAGAAAAGAAGAGAAGCGGAAGGCGAAAGAAAUGCGAAGGGAAUCGAAACGUGCUCGAAGAAAGGCCUUGAAGGAAGAUAAAGGCCAUAGGAGUAAGUGUGACAGGAGGGACUCUACGCUUCAUGGCAGACUUGAAGAUAGAGGCAGGAGGAGGCACGAUAAGGAGGAAGCGAGCUCAGAUCAUACUAAGAUAAGGAAGGAGGGGAACGGGAAAACAAGCUAUGAUAGUAGUGAUAGCGAUAGCAGUAGAGGGAGGGGACAUGGGUUGAGAAGGGGUCAUAGCACUAUAGACUCAAGACCAUUGAACGUCAGAAAUGAAAGUACUAACGAGAACCACAGAAGGAGAAACAUCGACUAUGACAGUUCUAGUGAUGAUGAGCCUUCACGGCGCCCUAAAAGAUAUAGAACAGAAAAAUCACCUACCCCGAGGGUUCAUGAAAAUAGGAGAAAUGAACCUGAGAGGGAUUUAGUAAAUUCCUCAGGUUCAAGUGGCGAUUCAAUUAUUGAUAAGCGGCGUAGGAGGACAGGGAGAGAGGAUUCACUCAAUGGUAACUAUCAAAAGCAAAUGAGGCACGACUCUGAUGGUGAAGGUUAUGUAAACCCUAGUAAGGAAGGCCAGCUCAGGAGGGAAAGGGAUCGGAACUCACCUGUUCGCGAUCAUCACAAGCAGAGGAGACACGAUUCGGAUCGCGAAGAGAAUGUAAGCCUUCACAGAGAAGACAAGAAUAGGAGGUUAAUGGAACAGGAAUCCCCUAGUCGUGAUCAUCAGACGCGGAGGAGACACGAUUCUGAUAGCGAAGGGUAUGCUGAACCUCAUAGAGAAGAUCUCCAUAAGAAGGGGUGGGAACGGGAGUCACCUCUUCACACCAUUCCAAAGCAUAGGAGACAUGAUUCUGACGAAGAAGAUUAUGUGGCCUCUCACGAAGAUCACCGCAUGGAGGAAAGGAAAGAGAAAACAUCAACCCCUAGAUAUCAAAAGUCGAGUAGGUUCGAUUCUGAUAGGAAAGGAUAUGUUCAUUCUUAUAGAGACAGAGUGAGGUAAACCUGUUUGGGAAGCCUCUUAGAUCAUGAGACCAGUUCAUGUUCAUCAGUCAGCCCUUGUACAUUUAUUUACUGGAAAAGGCGAAAUUUGUGCCAGUUAUUUUGUGUCAAGCAUGCUGUGUAUACAUGGG